AUGACUCAAAUAAAAAACAACAUUCUCAUCACUGGUGGCGGAGGCUUCAUCGGCCAAGAGUUGAUUGUCUCACUUCUAAAAGAGUUACCGAACGCCAACUUCACUCUGACCGAUAUCAUCAACCCAUCUAUUCCCAAAGGCGCAGAAUCUCAAGUCACUUCGCUCAAAGCGGAUUUGACUGACCCUUCAUCUGUCAAAUCUUUACUAUCAAGCCAUUUUACUCAUGUCUAUAUCCUCCAUGGCUUGAUGUCAGGUGGCGCAGAGGCGAAUCUAGAUCUGGGUCUCAAGAUUAAUGUGGACUCCGUCCGGACAAUUCUUGAUGUUUUGAGGACUGAAUACCCUGGUACAAAGGUCAUCUUCGCUAGCUCCUGUGCUAUUUAUGGCAAGACAGACUUAGUGACGGAGUUUGGAACCUUGCCUCAGCCUAAAAGCUCUUAUGGUAUCCAGAAGUUGAUGAUCGAGCUUCUCAUCAACGAUUACUCUCGCCGUGGGCUUCUCGAUGGUCGUAUUGUCAGGUUACCCACCGUUAUUGUACGCCCAGGUGCACCUUCAGCCGCUGCGUCCAGCUUUGCGUCAGGUAUCGUGCGGGAAUCCCUACAGGGUGUGAAGAAUAUUCUUCCUGUCAGCCGUGACCUUGAACUCUGGGUCUGCAGCCCGGAAACAGUGAUCAAGAACCUGAUCAAGGUCAAGGAUGUCCCCGCGGAGAAGUUUGGUACUUCCAGAAUUGUGAAUUUCCCCGGCAUCACUGUCACAGUGCAGGAGAUUCUCGAUGCGUUGAGAGAAGUUGGUGGUCAAGAAGUCUUGGGUCAGAUCGAGGAAAAGAAUGAUUCUGCCAUUGAAGCGAUUGUGGCCAGUUGGCCAGCAAGAUUUGAUGUUUCCAGGGCAUAUGGACUUGGGCUGGAUGCCGACGGGACUGUGUUAGAUGCUGUCAAGGCGUUCAAAGCAAAGAUGGCCAUGGCUUGA